AAUUAUUGACAGAUAUUUUUUUAAUGGACACUCUUUAUACUUAAUUUUUACUUAGUGUUUCUAAUUUUUUUUUCUGUGGAAACUUGUGACAUACCUUACCAAUACGCAAUGUCGAGCUCCCGAGCACGCAGAAUUAUAAUAUCUCUCGCAUUGGAUAAGAAGCCAGAGCAUAAUGCAUCAGAGCCAAAUCAAGCAUUGAAUUCAGGAUACGAAAUCUUAAAAAUACCUGAAAUACAGUUCGUCGAAGAUGAAAAUGCUGCACCUAAUUUUGACUGCAAUACAAAUUAUAAUACGGCCAAGGAUGCUGACAAGAAUAAACCUUGCACUUCAUUUCCACAUAUUGAGUUUUCACCAGAACUGAAAAACAAUGCUCAAAUGUCGGACUUGGUUAGCGAUAAUGAUGAUGAUUCUGUGAAGGAUCCUAACUAUAAAUCUGAUGAUAGCAGUGAUUCUAGUUCGUCAAGUUCGUCCUCUUCUGCAUCAAGUAGUAGUUCCUGUUCAGGUUGUAGUAAUAAUUCAAGUUGCAGUGUUUCUUUAUCAAGUUCAAACGUUGUUGGCCAGGCAUUAGACACUGAAUUCGUUAAUAGUCAAGAGGCAGGUAAUCAAGAACCAGAAAAUCAAGCAAAAAAUACUCAAGUGUCAAAAAUUCAACUUUUAGACUCUCAUACAGCAAACACUUUAGUAGCAAAUAUUCAAAGUGCAAACGCUCAAGAUACAGCUCCUCAAGCAGGAGGUACUCAGGAGUAAAUACUCAAAUUCUCAAGCCUAAAAAAAGAGGAAAAAAGCGAGUAGCACUGACAGAAGAAUGGUUAAGCAAUAAAGCAAAGAAAUUACGGAACUCAGGUCAAGCAUACAUCUCAAGAUCUAAAUCUCAAACAAAUGUAAAAGCCAGAAGUAUUAGACCUCCUUGUGGUGAUGCCGGCUAAAAUGCUCUAAUAAAAUAGAUGAAAAUAUAAGACAAGAUAUUUUCGAAAAAUAUUGGGCUCUGGGAGAUAUUAAUAGGCAAAGAAGUUUUAUUCACAAUUGCAUGAAACCAGUCAAAUCAGCCUACAGGUAUAGCAGAGCUCAAAAACCUAGAGAACAUAAUAAUGCAUUUUAUUUUUAUGUCAAUGAUGAUCCAGUCCGCGUAUGCAAAUUUUUCUUUUCAUGGCUACGCUGGAUGUUAAUAACCAAAUUACAAGAAGUUUUUUCAUCCCCAGAAAAGAUUGUUGCGAAUUGUGUAAUGCUUAUGAAAUUGCCACAGGGGAUGCCAAGGAAAAGUUGGAAAGCAAUUAUUUAUUGCAUUUAGAAGAAAAAGAUUUAUCAAGAAAUGAAAAAAAACCAAGAAAAGGAAAAAGCUAGUCCCAAUUACGUGGUGUCAGUUUAUGAUCUGCAAGCAGUACAUCUUCCUGUUCCUCAAGGAACUGUGUCCGAUUUCUAUUACAAAUCAAAAUUAAACUGUUAUAACUUUACCGUGUCUGAAUUAAAAACAGGUUUAACGGAAUGCUACUUUUGGCAUGGAGGGCACGGAAAUAGGGGAGCUGAUGAGAUUGGUUCAUGUGUGCUCGAUUUAAAAAAAAAAAAUUGGAUACUUUUAAAAGUGAAGAUGGGCUUGACUUCGUUUUCUUUUCGGAUAAUUGUUGUGGGCAGCAGAAGAAUAGAUUUUUUAGUUGCGAUGUAUAUUUAUAGAAGUAAAGGUUUUUAAGUUAAAUCAAGAUAAUCCGACCACUCUACUAUAAAACAUCCUAUAAAGAUGAAGACUUUAAGCAAGUAGAUUUAUGCAGAAGAAAAAAAAAUAUUAAUAUACCAAAUACUCUACAAUAUGCCUACAAAAGUGAACUUAGCAUUAAAGACAACAAGAAAAAAGAUCUAUUAAAUUUGUUACAUAAUAAUCACAUUCCGAGUUGUUAUUCAGUAUUUUAUAACUCUUUGUAAUAAAAAAAAUAUAUUUUUUUUAAGUUC